CAUUUCCGAAUCUCAUAACUAAAGGCCGUGAUCUUCUCUGUACUUGUACUGAUCUCUGUGUCCCUUUCACUGCCCUUUUGGAUCUUUUUUUUGCGUUUGUCCAUCAGAUGUAACAGCAGAUUCCUCUACUUUUUUUUUCCUUUUAAAUAAAUAGUAUUUUCUUUGAAACAUUCUUUCUGUAUAAACUUAUAUAUUCAAUAUUUGUGUUCUUUUUUUUUUUUAUAUAUAUUCUUGGUUUUCUAAAGAAAUUAAACAAAAGGGUCACGGUUUCUUUAAUAUUUGUUUAUUAUUUUUUAUUGGGUUGUUAGUUGUCAUGACUUUGAUUUGUUUCCUUUUGCUAGAAGUGAAUUGAGGCUUUUCUUGAUUCUUCCUAUUAAUGCAUGAUCAUCGCCACCAUCGUCUCUUCCUCUUCUUCUUGGCUCUUUUUUCUCUUUUGCUUUCUGGGUUUUCUUCAGAAUUUUGAUUUAAUUCUUAUGUUUUGAACGAAUUUGGAUUUAGAAAACAAAGAUUGUUUGUUGAGGAUUUCAAGUGCCUGGGAUUCAAAUCUCUAAGAUUUUUAUAUGUAAUGGGAAGAUUCAUAUGAAAAUGAUUUCUAUCAUUGGAAGGGUUUGUGGUAAUUAUUCUGAUUCAACUAAGAAUGUUACCGAUGAGAGAAUUUUGAUUCUAUAAUUUCCUGAACCUUAAUGGACUUGCUUCCUAGUUGUAAGCAUCAAAGAUACUUUGGAAGGAAUUUGAAUUCUGCAACAUGCAAAUGUCUUGUUUUGGUUGUUACUUUACUCUUUCUCAGAGCUAUACUGUUGCCUUCUUUCUCUGGUUAUGGUAGAAUUGGUCAAAACAGCCAUGAUUCGAUUCAUAGCGGUUCUUUGUCAUUAGAAUCCGAUUAUGUAAUUCGAAAGGAAAAGUUUUUGGAGGUUCCUCAGAUAGUCUGGGGAUUAAAUAAUCAAAAGAUAGCAUUUGCAAGAGCUUGUCUCACUGCUAGGUUGCUGAACCGAACUCUUUUAAUGCCUAGCUUAAGUGCUUCGCUGAUCUACAAGGAACUAGACCGAUUGCAGCCUAUUUCCUUUGAUAAAGUGUUUCAAUUUGAGAGGUUUAAUUCACUCUGUAAUGGGUUUGUGCAGUUGGGUGACUAUUCAGAUCUUAGUAACAAAACAACAGUGUAUGAGCUUCAAAAGGGAAGUGGAAGGAAAUGGACAGUAGAGAGAGAUUUCGAUCAAUUGAAACAAUUUAGCAAGAACCCAUAUGAUGGAUAUGAGGUAAUUCGAAUAGUUGGGAAAAAUCCAUUUCUUUGGCAUGAUCAUUGGCCAGUUAAGGACUAUGCUCGAGUCUUUGAAUGCUUGGUUUUGGUUGAAGAGAUAUCGGAAGAAGCAUCUAAAGUUGUGUCAAAGAUAAGAGAAAUAGGAAGAGAAAUGAGAAGAAAUGUUGAUUCUACUCAAAGUGGUUUCGAGUCAGAUGAUUCUCCAUCAAUGCCAGUGCCAUAUGUAGCUGUUCAUAUGAGAAUAGAGAUAGAUUGGAUGAUACAUUGUAAAAACUUAGAACAAAGAUCAAGGAUAAGCCAAAUUUGUAGUAGCAAGCAGGAGAUUAUGGAGCGAGUAGGGAAAAUUGCAGGCUUGAAAAGUCCUAUUGUCGUUUAUCUUGCUGUUGCUGAUAGUCUUCUUGAAGAUCCUUCCAUACUAACUGGUUGGAAAGAUGGUUUGCAUCCAUUCGAGAAGAAAAAACUCGGUGUUGAUGGGAUUUACAAGAAGUACCCGUACCUCAUUCAGUCAGCCAUAGAUUACGAAGUGUGCUUAAGGGCUGAUGUAUUUGUUGGGAACAGUUUCUCUACAUUUUCAAGUCUCAUUGCUCUUGAGAGAACACAAAAGAUGAUUAGAAUGGGUGUCACAAGCUCUUGUGGACCGGAUGUGAGAUGGCCUUCUUAUGCAUAUAAUAUAUUAGGAGAAUCAACUGGAGGCCCUCAAAGAUGGAUGACAAAUAUGUCUGAUUCAAGUCUUAAAGCAAUCAGUUAUGGUACUAAUAUCAUCUCUUGCUAAAGAAUUUACGGCCUGUACAAUUUGGAAAAUUGAUGAAUUCUAAGAGGAUGAUUACUAUUAACUCAUUAUCAGCUUCUUUCUGAGGAAUUUAUGUUAUGAAGCCAUUGUAAUGUCCUAUCCCAAAAAUAUAGUUCUACAGCAAUUCUGGUACUGAGAAACACACACUCUUGAGUUAUCUUACGGGUGCGGAAUGGCUUCAUUCUAUAGUCUCUUGUUAUGUGGGGAACAAAGAAAGCUGAUAUUUGGUUCUCUUGUUGCUUUUAGUAUAAUUUGAUUAUGUCUAUUGAAUUUUGUCAAAGUUUUUGUCUGGCACGAUCUUUGAUUUCUACUUUC